UGGGUUACCUGCAAAACAUGCACUGUGUGGGGUCCUGAGGACCGAGUUUGAGAACCACUGCUUUAACUUACAAUGCUUGAAGCCUACAUACAGAACAUUUACUGAUAUUUGGCAACUGUGGCGUGAGCAGCCUUUUCUGGAAUGCAUGGGCCCGUGUGCAACAAUGAUAGAGGAAGCCCCGAAGAAUGAAGGGACGGCUUUCCCAUGAGAAGAGUGAGAGCUGCAGGGAACAGACACAGGGUCGGAGGCUUCUGCACACGGGAGGCGCUGUUUGGGGGUUUGGGAAUUUUUGCAGCCGGCUCUUUGCACCCGGCGCUAUGGUCACACGGAAUCCAAGGAGAUAAAAGGACAGACAAACCGACAAUACUAAAGAAAGCUAUACAAGAAGUGCAGCACACUGGUCGGAAUAAGCCGAGGAGAGAUCUGAGUCAGUAAAACAAAUCGCUUUAUACACGUAACCGUCCAAUAACAAGUGAUUCCCAGAUGGACGGAGAGGAGAAGUUACAGCUACUGAGAGGAGACAGCCGGUCAUACUCUGGAGUCCAAGGAAAAGAAUUCCACAGCCAGGUGUUUACCUAUGUGUCAGAUCUGAAUGGCAUUGAAUUGGGUCACCAGGGUAACCAGCAUUGUCACUCCCACCGGGCACAUGAGGACUUGCACAGCACAGAAAAGGAGCAUGCUCGGAGGAAACUUUACGUGGCAUCGGCGGUCUGUCUGCUUUUCAUGAUUGGAGAGGUUAUAGGUGGGUACUUUGCACACAGUUUGGCCAUAAUGACAGAUGCUGCACACCUGCUGACAGACUUUGCAAGCAUGAUGAUCAGUUUAUUUGCCCUCUGGAUGUCCACUCGCCCAGCCACAAAAACAAUGAAUUUUGGCUGGCACCGGGCAGAAAUUUUAGGAGCCCUCUUGUCUGUCCUGUCAAUUUGGGUGGUAACUGGAGUCUUGGUUUACUUGGCAGUAGAAAGAAUAAUUUCAGGAAACUAUGAAAUUGAAGGGGAAGCAAUGCUAAUAACAUCUGCAUGUGCAGUAGCUGUAAACAUCAUAAUGGGUGUGACACUUCAUCAGACUGGACAUGGACAUAGUCAUGGAUCUGGAGAGUCACACUCGCACUCUCAUUCACAUGACCAUGGAGAGCUACAAAACCCUAGUGUCCGUGCUGCUUUUAUUCAUGUGAUUGGAGAUUUACUCCAGAGCCUUGGUGUCCUAGUUGCAGCCUAUGUCAUCUAUUUUAAGCCAGAAUAUAAAAUGAUUGACCCUAUCUGCACGUUCCUGUUCUCUGUCCUUGUUUUGGGAACUACUUUGACCAUUCUUAGAGACGUUCUGCUUGUGCUGAUGGAAGGUACUCCCAAGGGUGUGAACUUUAACAUGGUAAAGGAUACUCUUCUUUCUAUAAAUGGAGUGAAAGCUCUGCACAGCCUCCACAUCUGGGCUUUGACCGUGUCGCAGCCCGUCCUUUCCGUUCACAUUGCGAUUAAUGAAAAUGCAAACGCUCAGAUGGUGCUGAAAGAGGCAAGUUCUCAGCUACAGAGUAAAUUUAACUUUCACACAACUACAAUUCAGAUAGAAAAUUAUUCAGAAGAUAUGGUAGAUUGUCAAGAGUGCCAGGACCCCACCGACUAAGUGUGUAUCUUGUCUUUGGAAACUGUGAUUGGCUUGAGUUAUGUACAUCAGGCAUUCCUCACUUGGAUAUGAGCCUUAAAACUACAUUCAAACUGAAACAUGUAGAGGACUUAUGUGAGAGCAUUGCCUAUCUGAUUCCCUAGCGGAUAGAAGGACAGCUUUGAAAUCUCUCUUAGCACUGUUCUCUCUCUGGUGCACUCCAGAUGAAUGGUGACGGUGUCUAUAUUCCAGUGGGGAGCGAUCAGAAUGCAUCAUACAUUUCUACAAUUUGCAGAAGUUUGCACAUCAUUACUGAGGAAGAGACUCUGUGGUCAUUGGAUAAAAAAUAAAACGUUUUAUUGAACAUGA